GAAAGAAACAAAAUUGAACAACACACACAUGACACACCUGCCAGUGCCACUUCUCUCCACCUCAAGCAGCCUCUCUAAAUUUAAAACUCAAAGUGUCACAAUCCCCAAAUAUGCCUUUCUACCAAAUCUUUGUAUCAACAACUUAUGCUUCCUCUAUCUCCAACACAUAAUAUAAGAACUAUUAAUUUUUUCUGCAAACCCCAGGUUUUAUUUUUCUAUUCUUGUUCAGUUCUUGAAAAUCUUUGUUACUGUUAAUUAAUGCAACAAUAACAUCUUUUUCUUGUUUGUAUUACAUUCCCAUUUUGAUGCAUUGCAUAAAGUUCAGAUUUUUCCUCUUCCUUUUUGUAUUUGCCAUAUUUUCUUGCUUUCUUGAACUGGGAUGAUUCUUGAAGGUUGUAAAAAUGCAAUCUUUAUGAAAUUUCUGGAAUAUUUACCCUAUCUUGAUAGUUUUCUCAAAUGGGGUUCCUCAAAAUUUGAGGUGUUAUGGAGUAAUAAGGAAGACACUGCUUACCUUUCCCCAAUCUUGUUUUGUUUUCAAUUUUUGGAACUCAAGAUUUGAGCUUAUGUAAACGUCACAUUUUCUUGCCGUGAAUUUAGGCUGGGACAAUAGUGUACUUUUGAGUAUUUUUGCCAAAUGUCAUAUUAUGUUGGUUUAUGUUGUUAUUACAAAUUAGAAGUCUGAUUUUUUGAGUCAAGUGUACAUUGAAUUUUGAGGGGUAGUGGUAAGGUACAUUUUAUAAAUUUUGGAUUACGUUUGAGGUUCACUAGAUUACAAAAUAUUCCAGAGAGGAUUGUGUUUAAGGUAGUAGAUACAAACCGAAUAAAGGCUUUUGUCCCAUCCAUUUUACUGGCAUUGAUGGUUUUUCGCGUUCAAAUAGCAUAAAUAAGGGGUUUCGAGGCUAUUCUGAGGGUUUUGAGAGCCAAGAAAGACCUAGUGCUUUAGAAAAUGGGGCAGUAUGCACCUGUCUGGGAUCAUAAAGCAUCGGUCGAAGUGACAAAAAAUUUGAAUGGGAUGAAUCAGGUCACGCUUCGCAACCCUCAGGGUGCCUCUGUUCUGAUUAGCUUGCACGGAGGACAGGUUACUUCUUGGCGGAAUGAGCGAGGUGAAGAGCUCCUAUUCACCAGCAAGAAGAUCUCCAAAUCUUCGAAAUCUGUACGAGGAGGAAUCUCUAUUUCCUUUCCCCAGAAUGGAAAUGGUGGAUCAGUUGAGCAACCUGGAUUUGCAAGAAACAAAAUUUGGACCAUUGAAGACGACCCGCCAUCUCUAAUAUCAUUUGAUACCCAAGGAAAAUCUUACAUUGACUUGCUGCUCAAACCGUCAGAAGAUGAACUGAAGUUCUGUCCUCAUGUCUUUGAGUUUCGCCUUCGGGUUUCUCUUGCAUCAAAUGGAAGCUUGUCCCUGAUAUCCCGUGUAAGAAACGUCACUGGCAAGCCGUUGAAAUUCUCCUUUGCUUACCAAACAUACUUUUCUGUUUCUAACAUAAGCGAAGUGCGUCUAGAAGGUUUGGAAACACUGGACUAUCGUGACAACUUGUGCCCAGAAGAACUCUUUACAGAACAAGGAGAUGCCAUAACAUUUGAGACUGAGAUCGACCGUGUCUACCAUUGUUCUCCUAAUUGCAUUGCUAUUCUUGAUCAUGAAAAGAAGCGAACAUAUCUGAUAAAAAAGGAAGGGCUACCAGAUACUGUGCUAUGGAAUCCCUGGAUUAAGAAAUGCAAAGCAAUGGCGGAUCUUGGCAACGAUGAGUACAAGCACAUGCUUUGUGUUGAUGGUGCAGCAAUAGAAAAACCCAUCGCUUUGAAGCCGGGAAAUGAAUGGACAGCUCGCGUGGAGUAUGUGGUGGUACCAUCAACCCUUUCCACCGACGAUCUUUCAUCUUAUUAAGGUCUGGCCUAAAGCAUUUAGAAAUGGUUCUAUAGCUUAGUGAGAGAACGUAAAUCCAUUUAAACUAGUUUCCGUUUUUGCUAGACUGUUAUCGUUCGACAGCCAAAGCUUGUCAAUGGCUGUAUUUGAAAGAGGGGAAGUUUUAAAACUAAAAUUGUUCCAUUUCAGCACAAUAAUUAUGUUUGUGCAAUUGAAAUGAGAAAGUGAAGGAUUGCUAUACUUUCCGUGUUUGGCUAUAGUAUAUCUUGAAAUGUUAUAUGAAAAACUUUUUGUUGAG